AUGUGUUCAAUAUCAUCAGAUUGGUUAGAGAUAGUGGAAUAUGAAAUGGCAGCCAAAACCCAACAGGAAAGGCAUAAGGCUAAUGUCAUUUGUGAGGAAAAUUCUACAGCUCCCAAAGAAGAAAGUUCUGGAAAUUUUCAAACACCUCAGAGAAAAUUGGAAACAAUAUACUCUCUUAGGAAACAAAAUCAUAGUCAAGUUUCUUCACUAAGCCAACAAGGUGAAGGGCCACUUACUCUGCUAUUUCCCCCAGAAUCAAUAUAA